CUGGAUAGUCACUCCUUUUGCACUAACAUUUUCAGUUACCCAAAAGUCUCUUUGUCAGGAUGGUCUCGAUGCCUACACUACUUGUCGCGUGGCUUUCUCUGAAGUUGCUCAACAUCUUUACCGCUGCUCACACGGCUUCGCCGAUACACAUCUACCAUUCGACUUUCCAGUCCCUUCGCAUCUACGCAUCUCCAUAUCUUCUACUAUCAUUGCAUUGGAAACGCAGAGUAAAGGACUGGGAGAAAACCACAUAUAAUGCGGCAAGCGAAACAGACCUGGAAGUCUAGGUGGUGGUGGAUAGC